AGUUGUUGCGCUACUUUUAAAUGUAAGCCACGGCUGACCACUGUCGGUGUGGAAGUAUUUGCAGUAGCUUACUGCCUUCAGUUUCUCGCCACGAUCAGUCGGCGGCUGGCAGUGCCAUUGGCUAUGGAGCUCCUGCAUGCACUGGCUGCUCUCUUUGUCCUAACUUUUUCUGCAGUGCCAGUAAAUGCUGACUCACAAUGCAUUCCUAAGAGCUUUGGAUAUGACAGUAUUGUAUGUGUCUGCAAUGCCACAUACUGUGAUGAAUUUGAAACAGUAACACACUUUCCAUCUGGAAAGUAUUUAUUGUACACAUCAACAAAAGAUGGCCUCCGCUUUAAGAAGAGUGUUGGUUCCUUUUCUCCAAGAAAAGGUGCCUCUUGCCUGACACUGCAAGUUGAUAGAGGUACUAAAUAUCAAACUGUCAAGGGCUUUGGAACUGCAUUUACUGACUCUGCUGGGAUUAAUGUAUUUUCCCUUUCACCAGAUGCUCAACAAAAUCUCAUGAGGUCUUAUUUCACAUCCUCUGGUAUCAGCCUGAACAUGGGAAGGGUGCCAAUAGCUGGAUGUGACUUUUCUAUACGUGGCUAUACAUAUGAUGAUUAUGAAAAUGAUACUCAGCUUACAAAAUUUAAUUUGACAUGGGAGGACUACAAUCUUAAGAUGCCUUUGAUUAAAUGGGCCCAGAAUCUAAGGAACCAAACCCUGAAGUUGAAAGCAGCAGCAUGGAGUCCACCCAUAUGGAUGAAAACAAACCAUGAUUUGAUGGGUGCCUCUCUUCUCCUGGACCAGUAUUACCAGACAUGGGCUGAUUACCAUAUAAAAUUCCUUGAUUCCUACAAAGAAAAUGGUAUUAAGUUUUGGGCAGUGUCUACAGGAAAUGAACCAGCAAAUGGUAUAGGUAUUAUACUAGCAAUUAACUCACUUGGAUGGACACCACAAGGACUAAGAAAGUGGACUGUUGAAAAUUUGGGUCCUUCACUGCGUGCUUCCCAACACAGCAAUGUUAAGAUUCUUGUUCUUGAUGAUCAACGUCCAUAUGUGCCUUGGGUGGUAGACAAGAUUAUGGAUGAUAAAAGGAUGCAGAAAUAUGUUGAUGGUAUUGCUGUCCAUUGGUACUAUGAUAAAAUAUCUCCAGCUCAGAUAUUAACUGAAACACAAAAGAAAUACCCCACCAAAUUCAUUAUAUCAACAGAGGCUAGCAUUGUUACUCCUAUGCCAAAUGUCAGCAAAGUGAGACUUGGUGACUGGUCAAAUGGAGAAGCUUACUUGACAGACAUGAUACAGGAUUUCACACACUGGGUUGCUGGAUGGUAUGACUGGAAUCUUGCAUUAAACCAGGAAGGUGGCCCUAACUGGGUAGAAAACUAUGUUGAUUCUUCAAUUAUUGUGAAUGCAGAAAAUGAUGAAUUUUAUAAGCAGCCUUUGUUUUAUGCUCUUGGACACUUUUCUAAGUUUAUUCAUGAAGAUUCAGUAAGGAUUGAUAUUGUGCCAAACAAUAAAAAUGGAAUUAGAACUGUGGCAUUCACAACUCCAUAUAAUGCAACAGCUCUUGUCAUCUCCAAUGAGAGAGAUCAUAAUACAAAGGUAACAAUUGCAGACCCGGAUCGUGGCUACAUUACUAUUUCAGUUCCCAAGAGAUCUUUCAACACUCUAAUGUACUGGUAAUGUACAUGUGUGGCACUUUUAAUAGUGCCUGGAAUUUGUGAGAAUGAUGACUAAAAUUGUUGAAGGAUAUGGAAGCUUAAGAUCUGUAUAAAAAUAUUAAAUCUAUUUUUUCCUUACACAAUAAAGAACACAAGUAAUGAUUAAAAAACCUAUUUUGUUACAACAAGUACAAACACAUUAACAAAAUAGUGAUGUUUUUACUUUUUUACCCUCAGAUAGCUAAACCAGUAAGUAAGUUUCCAAAUGAACAGUACAGUAUUCUUUGUCAGUGUUUGUAGUAGUAUUCCUGGUGAACUGUACAAUUUGUAAAGCUUUAGUUUCAAAUCAACCGUCAUCUAUUAUUGUGCUAAUACAGUAGCCUCCUUUGAAAUCUAAGUUAGUGGACUGCAUGUUGUCUAUGAAAUGAGAUAAAGUCACUGCAUGUAGACAUACACAUGUAACAUCAAAC